AUGGAUGAUAUCUUUGAGCAAUUUUCCAAUUACAAUGUGGAGCUGCCGUGGAUAAUGCCAACCAGUCAAAUGAAGGAGCUUCGACAAUGCGCCUGGGGAAACACAAUAGCAAACAAGGUCAUGGAGUGGGCAACGCAACUUAAGUGGCCACAACAGGAGAACCUGCAUCCACUGCAGGAUGAUGGAGUGACAUGGAUUGAACUGGUGCUUAGCUUCACUUUUUCACAGAGGAUUUUCUUGCCGUUAAGAAGGGAAGGUAGGGAGGGAAAACAACUUUUGGUGCCAUUUGCCAAUGAGACAGCCUUGGGUGCUUACCAGGGCAAACUGUCAGAACUUGCGCAGACUUUUGCAAUUCUCUGUAAACAAAUCACGGAACUGCAAGAUAAGGAAUUUUUACCACCGGUGGAGAAGGGACUGGUGAGAAGUCUUUACAAACUUGGUUCCAAUAUUUUCAGCAGCGGAUUCAAAUGGCGACCGUGGUUUCCUGCACAAACACAAGUGCUGGAGGUACUGCGACCAUACCUAAGGACUCACAGAGGCCCAGCCUAUGCGGCGUUACCUGACUUUCCUUUUGUGCCAGAUGAAGAGAGUUACCAGAUGAUCAGAAGUGAAAUUAAGGGAGAUUGGGCCGCACGGUCGAACACCGCGCAAAAGGCCAUGCGGAAGGCCGUAGCCCUUGCUCCACCAGCUGAGAGUCUGCUGGGACGUUUGGUGUCUCGGAGUCUGGGCAACACCUUGGCCAAGCUCUACGAAUUGUCGACCUUCGCGGCGCCGCCCGAGGCCGAAGUGAGCGAAAAGAGCAGCGACGUGGAGCGCAACUUGGCCACGCUGACGCUGGCGGCCAAGCGUUUAGAAGUCAACGAUUUCGCGGGUGCGGUCACUGCCUUGGAGGGCCUCACGGGCGACUGCCAACGUCGUGCCGGCAGCUGGCUCCGUAGCGCACGUCAAGGCCUCCUAUGGCAACAGACCUUUGAGGCCCUGCAAGCCAAG